AUGCAAAUAACCGACAUUACUGUGUUUUCCUACGAGGCUAAAUAUGUCCAUGGCCAGUAUUCUAUGUCGGGCGGCCGGGUAGCAACAGGGCAUCCGUCCAUUGUUGUUCGUAUCCGUACUACUGAUGGUGUUGAGGGAUGGGCCGAGUCGGCACCUCUCGGAAGUGAUUAUCUUCCAAGCUCUUUCACCAGGGAGCUUGCAGCUAUCAAAGAGCUGGGUCCGCAUAUCAUUGGCCAAGAUCCUCGGUCGCCCGCGGCCAUCGACGAGAUCAUGGAUAAGGCGAUGCUCGGGGCACUACAUGCAAAGGCCGUGAUUGACAUGGCUUGCUGGGAUCUUCUAGGCAAGUCCUCAUUUUCUGUCAUUCGAAUCCAAGAGCCAGAGGAGGCCAUUGCGCAAGUCAAGGAAGAGCUGGGCUGCGGCGUUACAGCACUUCAGCUCAAAGCUGGAGACAAUCCCAUGUCUGACGCCAGGCGAGUGAAGGCCGUGUGCGAAAUGGUUCCUGGCCAUGUUCAGGUCUGGGCCGAUGCUAAUGCAGGUUGGAAUCUGAACCAAGCCCUUCUAUUUGCCCGUGCAAUUGGACAGGGUGUGGCCGUAGGUCUCGAACAACCUUGUCCAACCAUAUUUGAGUGUGCCGAGGUUGGUCGCCGCACAGGGCUACCCAUCUUCUGUGACGAGGCGGUAGUGACAUUGGCCGAUCUCUUCGAGGCCCAUGCUGCCGGAAUCGCAGGGGUUAACAUCAAACCAUCUCGAGUUGGGGGCUUGACAAAAGCCCGGACUAUGCGCGAUGCGGCCGUUGCGCUUGGCAUGACGGUUGUAAGUGAUGACACUUGGGGCUCUGCCUUGACGGCCUCACAGAACCUGGUUCUAGCUACUACUACCCCAAGCCGAAGUCUGCGUGCGGUCGAUUUACAAUGCGAAUGGAUUGAGCCGUUGAUCGCGGAUGUUCCUCGUUUAGAGAACGACGGUAAGAUCACGGCUAGUACUCUGCCGGGCAAUGGGUUCAGUAACGUUCGUAUGGACCUUCUGGGUGAGCCAUUGUUCACAGUCAAGCAGUAA